GGGUUGCGCCUGGCGUUAUAAUAACAGAUGAGUGUGGUAGCAUGAGGAAAGCUAUCGAGGCACUUCUACCUAAUACCAUGCACCGGUUGUGUAUGUGGCAUAUUAUGCGGAAGGUUCCUGAGAAGGUUGCUCCUGAAUUGAGAAGCGAUGAAUUAUUCUACAAGAGAAUGGAUUCUUGUGUAUGGAAUUCUGAGACACCUGCAGAAUUUGAAGAAAGUUGGAAGUCUUUAAUAUCAGAUUUUGGCUUACAAGACAAUACAUGGUUUGGAAAAUGUUACUCGAUCCGUGGGUCAUGGGUGCCGGCGUAUUUCAUGGACACCCCCCUUGCUGGUAUUCUUAGAACCACCUCUAGGUCAGAGAGUGAAAACUCAUUUUUCAAGAAUUUUAUCCGGCGCAAGCUCGCUUUUAUUGAGUUUUGGCUUAGGUUCGACACAGCCUUGAAAUGUCAGAGACAAGAGGAGCUGAUUGCUGACCACACAAGCAUUCAUACGACACCUAGCUUGCUGACAUGUUGGGAAGUGGAAAGACAAGGCAGCAUGAUAUUCACUCAUGAGGUCUUUGCCUUGUUUCAGUCAGAAGUACUUGCUGCUAGAGAGCAUUGUGAUGUCCAGGAAACCACAACUGUGGGGGAACUCAAGAUCAUGUUGAUUAGUGAUCAAAGUCAUAGGAAAAACAAGGUAAGAGAGGUACGUUUGGAAACAACAACCAUGAUUGCUAAAUGUUCUUGCAAGCUAUUCGAGUCUAAGGGCAUUGUGUGCCGGCAUAUCAUACGUGUCUUGAGGGGUGCGAAGAUAAAUGAGCUUCCAACCUUCUAUGUACUCAAAAGAUGGGAAAAAAUGUGCAAAAGGGAUGUUGUGUACGAUGAUGAAGGAAAUCCACUUGAAGAUAAUCAUGUUGACUGUGUUGACAUGGAUACAAGAAGAAAGAUCUCUGCAGCACGGGACAAAUUAGAACAUAUCAUCAGGUGUGCUAAAAAGUCGAGCGGAGGACUUGACUUACUCAAUACGGGUUUGUGCAAUCUCAAAUCAGCUAUCUUGCAAUCCGCCCCUGAUGUACCUCAGACUGCACAAGAAGAGCAAGAAUCAUUCGUUGGUAGCAUGAUCCCCGCCCAAGUUGAUAUCCUAACGCCGACUAACAUCAACGCGAGGGGUACAUGCUCCAGAAUUAAGGGCCAUAGAGACAAUGAAAAGAAGUCAGGGGCAAAGAAGAUCAAGUUAGGGGUUAAUGUACGAGUGCCACGCAAUUGCAACACAUGCAAGGAAGUCGUGUUACAUGACAGUCGUAUUUGUUCGAAGAAAAAAUGAGUUGUAAUGUACUAAGUAACUUGUAAUGUACUAAGUAAUGAGUUGAGAUACUGGAUCUUAAUGUUAGCUAACAUGUACUGUACUAAGUAACUUGUAAUGUACUAAGUAAUGAGUUUAGAUACUGGAUCAUUGGACUAAGUAUGUUUG